AGCAGCCAUCUCUCCUGUUGCUGCACGGCGUAGAGCGCGACGAUCGCGUUUAAUGCUGGGUUUGCAUGCUGAUUCAUAUUGCCGCUGAACAGUAGACGCCAUGCGGCAACGCGCUUGCAUCGCUUUGCUGCUGCUGGGCCUGGCUGCAGGCCAGCAGCAGUGGUCUCCGUCUAAGCACGGCGGCGCGCCGGGCGCAGCGCCGCAGCGCUACCCGCCGAACGACGCACCGCCGCGGUAUGGCACGCCACCUGAUCGGCAACCGCCGCCGCCGCCGCAGCGCUACCCGCCGGACGCGUACCCGCCGGACGCGCCGCGACGACCACCGCAGAGCUACGGUCCGCCGCCGGGCUACGGUGCGCCGCCGGGCUACGCGCCGCAACAACAACCGCCGCCGCAACAGCAACAACAGCAACAGCGCCCGCCGCCGCCACCCGCCGCGCCGCCGGCGCCGCCGGAGCAGAUGGGUGCCGAGGCCGUCGCCCCGGACGCGCCACCACGACCCAAAGAAGAGGACGAAGAGCAGGACUACCUCUCGGAGGAGACGCACGCCGAGAUGUUCGAGCACUUCGACAAGGAGUACUUUUUCGGGGAGCUGAAAAAGCUCUACAAAAGACGCAUGCUCCCUUUGGAAUUAGCGUCGCGGUUUGGGCAUUUUGCAAGUGUCCCGAUGGGGCCGGCGGACUUCGACGCCAAGCCCAUGGUGUUGUUGCUGGGGCAGUACUCGGUUGGCAAGACGUCCUUCAUCCGCUCUCUGUUGGGGAGAGACUUCCCGGGCAUCCGGAUCGGGCCAGAACCCACCACAGACCGAUUCUUGGCCGUGAUGCGCGCCGACGACCAAGAUAGGAUCGUGCCGGGCAACGCGCUGGCCAUGCGCCACGACAAGCCCUUCGCGGGCCUGCAAGGCUUCGGCAACGCGUUCCUCGAGAAGCUCCAGGGCGCCGAGGUCUAUGGCUGCCCGAUCCUCGACAACGUGACGCUCGUGGACACGCCGGGCGUGCUGAGCGGAGCGAAGCAGCGAUUAGGCAGGGACUACGACUUUCCCCAGGUCGUCCGGUGGUUCGCGGAGCGGUCAGACAUGAUCGUGGUCAUGUUCGACGCGCAUAAGCUUGAUAUAAGUGAUGAACUGAAGGCUACCGUCCGUGACUCAGUGUUGUGAAUGAACUUGAACUCGAUCCGGUGGCGGCGAUGCCGUCGUCGUGAUCAUCGGAGCGUCCACGCGUCUUGCCUGGGUCGCGGCGAUGGCGUCAGCGCGACGUCACGCCGCCGCGACGCCGUCGACGCGGCCGCGCGAGAGUGUCGUUCCACGCAGGUCGACGCGCUGCGGCCCCACGCCCAGAAGUUGAGGGUCGUGCUGAACAAGGCGGACCAGGUCACGCCGCAGCAGUUGUUGCGGGUUUAUGGCGCGUUGAUGUGGCAGCUCGGCCGCGUCGUCUCCACUCCAGAGGUAGUUAGGGUCCAUCUUGGCUCCUUCUGGGACCGGCCUUUGGACCAUAGACGAGGUUCGGAUACGGCACUACUAUCGAGGGAACGCGAUGAUUUACUGGACGAAUUGAGAAAUUUGCCAAAAAAUGCCGUCCUGCGAAGGAUCAACGAGUUAUCAAGACGAGCUCGGAAGCUGAAAGUGCAUUGCUACCUCAUCCACUACCUGCGGAAGCAGAUGCCCCAGUUCUUCGGCAAAGAAGAGAAGCAGCAGAAGUUGUUGGCGGACCUACCGCGCCAAUUCGCGAAGUGCGCGAAUCGCUACGGUCUCACGCGGGGCGACUUUCCGGACGUCGACGACUUCCGAGAAGCUCUGUUAGAAAUCGACGACCUGUCGAAGUUUCCGAAAUUGGACAAAUCAAAAGUCGCGGAAAUGGACCGCAUGUUCGCGACCGACAUACCACAGCUGCUCGAGAAGGCCAUGGCGGCGCGGCGGUAGCGCGUAAGUUUGGUAUUAUCGAA